UGUUGACUUCACAAUUGAUCCCAUCACCCAUUUUAUUUCCUUGUCAGUAUUUGCCAUUGCUCAGGGUCCACUUUCGAUCGUCACCUUGCUGUCCACGAGGACGCACCUUAACGCUCGCUCCUGACCAUCUGUAUUUCUUUGACUUGGCAUUGCUUCAUUUGAUUAGCAUGGCAACCGCGACGUCUCAGCAGCUCUGCAGUUUAGCGGGUAUAAGCUUCAGGAGCAACGUCCGUUCGAAUGAGUCAACAUCGUUCAGCAGAGCUCUGUUUCCUUCCAGACUUUCUAGAAGCAACGCCAGUUUAAGGUCGUCAUGGAGCGAGGCGGAGCGGCGGCGGCACGUUCCCGUGCAGUCCGCCAUGGAGGCGAUGGAGGAGGAAGCCACCUUCACGCCUCGUUACAAGCCUUGGGAAACCCAGAGCUUCUUAAAGGAGAAUUUCCCUCGCUUGCCGCAGGUUUCCUCGCGUCCUCUUGUGCCGAGCGACAGGGCUGACGAUUUAUCGCUUCACAAUCCGCUGAGAAGACUGGAGCGGAUGGGUUGCGGAUGGCUGGCCGUUUUGUUGGAGUGGGAGGGGGUGGUGAUUGACGACGAUUCUGUGUUUGAACGGCAGGCAUGGACAGCGCUUGCGGAGGAGGAAGGCCGACCCCAGCCUCCCGUUUGGAUUCUCAAGCGGGCCGAAGGCAUGAAGAACGAGCAGGUUAUUCGCGAGGUGCUCUGCUGGUCUCGCGAUUUCAUCACCGUACGGAGAUUGUCGCAGAGGAAAGAAGAACUUUAUGAGCAGUUCCAGGGAGGUUGCUACAGGCUGCUGCCGGGCUCCAGAGAAUUCUUGGAAACGCUGAAAGCGGUGCAAAUCCCGGUUGCAAUUGUUUCUACUCGUCCAGCGAGAUACCUGGAGCGAGCUGUUGAGGCUGUUGGCAUGGAGGGCUUUUUCGAUGCUGUCAUUUCUGCGGAUGACGUGCGGCGAGGAAAGCCCGAUCCGGAGAUGUAUCAGUAUGCGGCACAGCGACUCCAGUUUAUUCCGGAGCGGUGCAUCGUCAUCGGGAGCUCCAACUCCACCAUAGAGGGGCGCAUGAUGCUUACAUGAAGGUGGUCACUGUUGCAGGAAAGCACCCGGCCUAUGAAUUGGGUGCUGCGGAUUUGGUGGUCCGUAAGCUGGACAUGCUAUCUGUGGUGGAUCUUAAGAAUCUGGCGGAUCUAGACUCUCCAGAGUUCACUCCACCGCUUGAGCUAGAGCCCGAGCUAGAGCCUGAAGUGAAGAUCACUGGUGUGGGUACUCUGUGAAGAUUGCACCGUUUGUCUGAGUCAUACUGGUACAUUUGUUCAUCCUAUUGGCUGGAUGUUCCAGCUGUAACUUCAUUGUACAUAUGGGCUGUGGGGACGCUCUCCAUUUUAGGCAUGCUGUCUUGUCCAUCGGUGCCGGUGCUGUUGUUUGCUAAACUAUCUAUAAUUUUAUGACCUCAAUGUUCUACCCUAGCUUUACAUUGGGUUGAGACCAAUUCAAUCAAACGUGAC